UCUGUGGGGCGCCUCAGUCGGCUGAUGACAACCGGGGAGUGGGACGUGCCAUGUACGCCUUCGGUUGUUAGUGAUAUGAGGGUGCGACGUUUCCUCUCCCGCGCGGGGCUCUCGAAGUGGCCGUGUGCUGCAAUCGUGCUUCUGCUCGUAGCGGCAACCAGCGCCAGAAGCGGUGAGGGUGAACUGUGCCAUUUAAAAAAUGGAGGCUCUGGGAAGUGCCUUCAUAUCAGCUUAUGUCCAUCAGCCAUCCGCAGCGUGUAUAAAGGUAUCGAGCUGGACAUAUGUGGUUUCCAAGGCAGUGCAGCCAUAGUGUGUUGUGAAGAUCCUGCUGUCGCCAGUCAAGUAAUUGCAGGAGAUCAACCAGCUAGAAAACCAGAAACAUCACCAAAUGGACUACCUGAAUCAACAACCAAUCAACCGAACAGCAGGUUUGGCUCUGAGUUCCAGCCUCCCACUACACAAUCUGGUAACACUUCCAGUCAGCAAAUUAGGAGGAGUAUUAGUGAAGAGAAAUGUGAUGAGUAUACAAGGUCAGUGCAAGAUAUAUUUGAAGCUCUACCACUCCUUCCAGAUGCUGAUCCACUAAUUAUAAAAGUGGACAAAUGUGAUUUUGAGAAUCUGCCAUUAAUUGUUGGAGGGGAGGACACUGAUGUAGGAGAGUUUCCUCAUAUGGCUGCUAUUGGUUAUCAAGUUGAUGGUAACCUGGUAUGGAGCUGUGGGGGAUCGUUAAUCAGUGAAUAUUAUGUCCUUACUGCUGCACACUGCACACGUAUUGGAAAGUAUCCUGCAGUGAUAGUUCGUCUUGGUGAGAUGAAUCUGAAACGUGAUGAUGAUGGAGCACAACCUGUUGAUUAUCACAUUGCAGAUUUAGUGCGCCAUCCUGAAUACAAAGGACCAAGCAAAUACAAUGAUAUUGCUCUGUUACGUCUUAGUGAGCGUGUAGAUUUCAACAAGUUUAUACGACCUGCUUGUCUCUACACACAUGAUAAAUUCUCUGUCAGCAAGACAGUUGCUACUGGUUGGGGUAAAAUUGAAUAUGCUGGAAAAUCAAGUGACACUUUGCGGAAAGUUGUUCUUGAUAUAAUAGAUAACAAAAUGUGCAAUAACUUAUGGAAAAGUCUAGGCAAGCUCACAACUCUGCCUCGUGGAAUUGCACCAUCAAUGAUGUGUGCUGGGGUCCUUACAGGUGGCAAAGACACUUGUCAGGGUGACUCUGGUGGACCAAUUCAGAUAUCUACCAAAGGAAAUCAAUGUGUAUAUCAUGUUAUUGGAGUGACAUCAUUUGGGAAUUACUGUGCUGGAGAAGAUUCACCAGGAAUAUAUACGCGUGUCUCUUCUUUUAUUCCAUGGAUUGAGAGCAUUGUGUGGCCAGAUGGUUAGCUUAAAGAACGGAUCACUGACUUGAGAAAAGUUUUUAAAAGUCACCCGGGACAUAUAUUUUAAAUUUCAAACUGAAAUCAGGAACAUCUCAUGUGGUUACGUGACUGUUUCAUUAGUGUAUGUUGUGGUUACAGAUCUGACACUCAGAUAUUCAGCCAAAAAGUUGUUAAAAUCAAUUCACUACAUAUGCUAUCAAACAUUUUCCAUUGUGUAUAAAAUGACCUUACUUUACACAAAACAUUGACAUUUUAAUUUUGAUAUAAAUAUGGAUUCUUCUAUCUGUGGCAUUUAACUUCGACUAAGAACUUCAGUCACAAAUCUCAUAACUUGAAGAAUAAUAACAUCACAGUUUUCUUCUCUUCAUAAGAGCACCAUAAGCAAAAUCACUUACUUAAAUGCCCCCCUUUUUUACUAACACUAAAAUUUUACAGGCACCUAGUGAAAAUACUAUAAUUUGUAAUCAAAUGAUAGAAACUCCAGAUAGGAAUAUCAGCAAUGCAGGAAAAGACAGAUUCCCACUUACUGUAAAGAAGACAUGUCAAGUUACAGACAGGUACAAUUAAAAGACACUUCUUACAUAUAGCUUUCAGCUACAGGCUUCAUCAGUAAAAGAGAGACAUGCAUCACUCUCCCCCCCCCCUCCCCCGCUCUCUCUCUCUCUCUCUCUCUUCUCUCUCUCUCUCUCUCUCUCUCUCUCUCUCUCUCUCUCUCUCUCUCACACACACACACACACACACACACACACACACACACACACACACAAACACACACAAAAGCAAGCAAACCUCAUGCACACCACCUGCUCCAGCAUCUCGGGCUGAGAUGUGUGUGUCUCCCUUUUACUGAAGAAUGCUGUGGCAGAAUGCUGUAUGUAAGUGGCUUUUAAUUUUACCCGUCUGCAACUUGACAUGUCUUCUUUACAUUAAUUGGCAAUCUGCCUUUUUCUACAUAGAUAAAAUUUGUAAUGAGCUUCUUUGUGAAUAAAGUUAGACUUAAGUUGUGUCAAAUCUGUAUCAAUGUGUGUGCAGUGAUCAUAAAUUACCACUAUGUAUUCACAUUUGAAAGUUGUUGUCUAUAAGUUUUAUGAUGAAAACCAGCAAAAUUUAUGUAUGUGACACAUACACUGAUAAUGCACUUCAUUGUACUUAUAUAAUAUAUAGGCCUACAUGGCGUAUAAUAUCAAGAAAAUAUCAGGCAAAGUGACUUA